UAUGUUAGGUUCGUAUUUGCCUUUGAUAUUUUAGUACGAUUUUUUAUUUUUUAUCUAAAUUCGUACAAACUUGAGAGAAUGACAAAACACUAGCCUAAGUUUUGUUGACAGGUAAAUUGCAAUGAAUGAGAUGAUUUUGAAAAAGACGCGCUGACAUAUCCUCUGACAACCCGUGGUCUCGUGUCAUUGGUUAAGCAUCAGACCAAUCGAUCUCAGCCAUCUGUGCAGGAACCGGACUAAGCAACAUUUUCCAAAUAUCCUCGCCAUCUCAGUGUUUAUUUAUAUUUUCUAUCAGAAUAGUGCAAAUAAAAUCACCCGGACGUCGGAGAGCUGCAAGCAUGCGACCUACUUUGGCAAUAUUUGCAUUACUUGGAUUAUUAGCUACCACAGAUGCUACUGUGUUCUUUAAAGAGCAAUUUCUGGAUGGAGAUGGAUGGAAGACUCGUUGGGCAGUAUCUAAACACAAGUCUGACUAUGGCCAGUGGAAACUAACUGCAGGGAAGUUUUAUGGAGAUCCUGAAAAAGACAAAGGCCUUCAAACUAGUCAGGAUGCUCACUUUUAUUCCAUCUCAAGCCGUUUUGAACCUUUCAGCAAUGAGGGUAAAGAUCUUGUAGUGCAGUUUACGGUUAAACACGAACAACAAAUAGAUUGUGGUGGUGGAUACGUGAAGCUCUUCCCAGCUGACUUGAACCAAGCAGAUAUGCACGGAGAUUCCAAAUACUACAUUAUGUUUGGCCCUGAUAUCUGUGGCUACGGCACCAAAAAAGUGCAUGUCAUUUUCAACUACAAGGGACAGAACCGACUCAUAAAGAAAGAAGUCAAAGCACGGGAUGAUGAACACACCCACCUCUAUACUCUGAUUGUGAGACCUGACCAGACUUAUGAAGUCAAAGUUAACAAUGAGAAGCUGGAGUGGGGCAGCCUUGAGGUCGACUGGGAUUUUCUGCCACCCAAAACGAUCAAGGACCCAGACGCCAAGAAACCUGAGGAUUGGGAUGAUCGUGUCACAAUAGAUGACCCCGAGGACGCAAAACCAGAGGACUGGGACAAGUCUGAAAAUAUUCCUGAUCCUGAUGCCAAGAAGCCAGAAGACUGGGAUGAGGAAAUGGAUGGGGAGUGGGAGCCACCCAUGAUCCCUAACCCAGAGUACAAGGGAGAAUGGAAGCCAAAGGAGAUUGAUAAUCCCAACUACAAGGGCAACUGGGUGCAUCCUGAAAUUGACAACCCUGACUACACGCCUGAUAGCACCAUUUACAAAUUUGACAACAUUGGAGUGAUUGGACUUGAUUUGUGGCAGGUUAAAUCUGGGACCAUUUUUGACAAUUUCAUCAUUACUGAUGAUGUAAAGGCAGCAGAUGAUUUUGCAAAAGAGACCUGGGGAGUCACAAAGGGGUCUGAAAAGAAAAUGAGGGAGCAGCAGCUGGAAGAGGAGAGGAAACAGAGGGAGGAAAAGAGCAACACGGAUAACAUUAAAGAAGAGGAUAAGGAUGCUGGUAGAGAUCACGAUGGCGGUGAUGAAGACGAUGAAGGCCUUGAUGAAGAGGGUGAAGAGGAGGAGGAGGAAGAGGAGAAUGAGCUCGAGCUUGAUGAGGAGACCGCAGAUGAGACCAGUCCACUCGAGGAGGUAGACGAGGAUGUCCCUACUAAAGAUGAACUCUAAAAAAUGUUCACCCUCUGUCUUCUCUCCCGCGGGCUAGCCACUGGGGGAAAAGCCACAGCACCCUUUUCUGUUUUUCAGCCUUUGGGAAUAAGAGGGUAGAGCAGGCAAUAUUUGCCUUACUAAAGGUUUCGUGUUUUGGGUUCCUUUUGUCCUGAUUUUGUCCGUUUACUUGAAAUGCCAUUUGUUCUGUGUUUGUGAUAUGUUUAGUGCUGCUCUUACACCCUUUGAGUUGAAAAAGUGUUGGGUUCAAUUGAAGUUUUGAUUUGCACUUUUAAGUUAUUUAUUUAAGAUUGAUUUAGUGUUAACGUCGUUUAUCUAUAGACUUUUUAAUACUGCUGUAAUAUGUAAUGAUCUCCCUGUCUCUCAGAACAGAAGCUUCUCUAGCGUAUUGGUGUCAGUCAGUAUUUGCUAUGAGGACUAAUAGUAACCUAGUUUACAUAAAAAACGAAACUCGGAUCGAAGUAAGAAUUCAAAUCAAAUCGGUACUUGCAUGGCUGCUCAUGUUGGUGUUUUGUUUCAGUCCAUGCUCAUGUGAACAUUUUGGGCAUUUUGAUUCGUCUCCCACUAAUUUUGAAGUUUUCUUAAAUUUCAUUCCGGAACAUUGCAUUGUGAAAAUUGCAUCGCACACUGUGUUUUUAUUCUGAGAAAAUAAAGAUACAUGGCCUAUUCUACAAUUUUAAA